ACCAAUUAAAACUGUCCACAAUUUCUGCUGUUCUCUCUUUUCCUCAAGUUCAAUCUUCCGGGCCCCGGUCCCAACGAGUGGAAUAAAAGGUAAUUAGGAAACUUCAAACAAAUUUACUCUACUCUCUGGACAGAACUUUCCCAAUUUCUCUACUGUACUGUCAUCUCUCUUUUCCUCAAUCCCACCAUAGUUUUCCUCUUCAUUUAGUUCUCUCUCUCUAUUUUCUUUCUCAAACUGAGCACCCAGAAUUUUUUUUUUUCCUGCCACCAAUUUUUGAGUCUCUUCAUCUCCUGGACCUGACAACGUGAUCUGCAUCCUCAAGUAUAUUUCCAAUGGCCUCCAUGAGCACGGAAAAAGCCUCAUCUUCAUUAUCAUUUUCUUCAACACCACAAUGGAAAUAUGACGUCUUUCUUAGUUUUAGAGAUGAGGACACCCUCUAUAGUUUCAAGGAUCGUCUAUAUGAUGCCUUGAAACAAAAGGACAUUUUCACCUUUAAAGACGAUGGAAAACUUGAGAAAGGAAAAUCGAUUUCACUGGAGCGCUUGAAAGCAAUAGAAGAAUCAAGAUUUGUUAUUGUCAUUUUUUCAAAAAACUAUGCGUCUUCAACAUGGUGCUUAGAUGAACUUGCAAAGGUCACAAGAUGCAUGAAAGAGACGGGAAUGACAAUUCUACCCAUUUUUUAUAAUGUUGAUCAAUCUGAUGUACGAGAACAAACAGGAACUUUUGCAAAAGCUUUUCUUGAGCAUGAAGAACAUUUCAAGGAGAACAUAGAGAAGGUGCAAACAUGGAGAGCAGCAUUAAGAGAAGUAGCCAAUCUCGCCAGUUGGCAUUUACAAAACGAGACUGAGACCAAAUUUAUCCAAAACAUUGUGAGACUGAUAUUAAAUAAAUUGAGUGACACAUUUUUAGUAGAUACUAACGGACUAGUAGGAAUAAAUCUCCGAGUUGAGAAAUUGAAGUCACAUUUAGCCAUGGAGUCAAAUGAUGUUCGCAUUAUAGGAAUUUGUGGGACGGGAGGAAUGGGUAAGACAACUCUUGCUAGAGUUGUUUACGGUAUGAUUUCCAAUCAAUUUGAAGCUUGUUGUUUUAUUGCUAAUGUCAGGGAAGUUUUUAAAAAAUAUGGUUUACUUUGGUUACAACAAACACUUUUGAAUGAACUUUUGAUGCAUAAUGAUAUGAAUGUACAAGGUCUUGAUUGUGGAGUUCUCAUCAAGAAUAGGUUACGUCACAAAAAGAUUUUUCUCAUUCUUGAUGAUGUAAAUGAAUUAGAUCAACUGAACAAAUUAGUUGGGGGGCAUGAUUGGUUUGGUCCAGGUAGUAGAAUUAUCAUAACAACAAGAGAUGUGCAUUUGCUAAUGACAAGGAAAGUAGAUGGAAUAUAUGAGAUUGAAGGAUUGAAUUAUGAUGAAGCUUUUCAACUCUUUAAUUUGAAAGCUUUUGGAAAAGAGCAUCCUACCACAGAUUAUCUAGAGUUGUCCCAAGCCUUCGUACAUUAUGCUAGUGGUCUUCCUUUAGCCAUUGAGGUUUUGGGUUCCUUUUUGUUCAAGAGACGUACAGAUGAAUGGCAAAGUGCAUUAGAUAGACUCGAAAAAUUUCCCGAAAGAAAAAUUCUUAAUGUGCUUCAAAUAAGCUAUGAUGGACUACAAGAAACAGAGAAGGAAAUUUUCCUGGAUAUUGCAUGCUUCUUUAAUCACAGGAGUCGAGAUUUUAUCAUAGAAAUAGUAGAUCAUCUUGAGCUUCUCCCUAAAAUUGAAUUAAGGGUUCUUAAUGAAAAAUCUCUCAUAAAAUUCCAUGACAAACAAUUGUGGAUGCAUGAUUUACUACAACAAAUGGGUCGAGACAUAGUUUGUCACGAGUGCUCUAAAGAUCCUGGGAAGCGUAGUAGAUUAUGGGUGUAUAAAGACAUUGAUGAUGUGCUAACAAAAAAAAUGGGGACAGAGGCAGUUCAAAGCAUAGUAUUAGAGCUGUCUGAACCGAAAAAGGUAUAUUGGGAUCGUGAAGCCUUUUCAAAGAUGAAAUGUCUAAAGUUGCUCCAAAUUCAUCAUGUUCAACUAAUGCAUGAUCCCAAACAUCUUCCUAAUAGCUUAAGAUUUCUUGAUUGGAGUGAGUACCCUUCAAAAUCUUUGCCAUCAAGUUUCCAAUCAAAUGAACUUGUUAAACUUCGCUUGAAUUGCAGUAACAUCGAACGACUUUGGAAAGGAACAAAGUCUUUUGAGAGGUUGAAAUUCAUCGAAUUGAACAAGUCCCUAAAACUUAUUGAAACCCCAGACAUCACCGAAGUCCCAGUUCUUGAGAAAUUGAUUCUUGAAGAUUGUGUAAAAUUAUGUGAGAUACAUCCAUCAGUUGGAGUUCAUGAAAGGCUUACUCUUCUUAAUUUAAAAGGUUGCAAGAGCCUCAAAAUUCUUCCAAACAAAUUUGAAAUGAAGUCUCUUGACAUUCUUAUUCUUUCAGGAUGCUUAAAACUAAAAAGAAUUCCAGAGUUUGCAAAAAACAUGGGAUGUGUAUCUGGGCUUUACUUGGAUGGCAUUGCUAUUACAAAAUUACCCACCUCAAUUGGGAAUUUGACUAGACUUGCUUCAUUGAGUGUAAGAGAUUGCAAAAAUCUUAUGUCACUUCCUCUAACUCUUUUUAAUAUGGAGUCACUUGUAAAUAUCAAUUUUUCUGGAUGCUCAAAACUUUGCAAACUACUAGAGAAUUUGGGGACUACUGAAAGUGUAGAAGAGCUUGAUGUGGGUGGAAGUGCUAUAAGAAUGAUGCGUUCUUCCAAUGCUUUCUUCAAAACUCUUAAAAAACUAGCUUUUGGUGGAUUUAAGUUGAGGAGUCCCGAUCCCAUGGGCUCGUUAUCAACUUCACUAUUGCGUUCGUGUUCUUUGAUCGAUUUGGAUAUAAGUUAUUGCAAUCUAAAUGCAAUCCCCAAUGACAUUUGCUGCUUAUCCUCCUUAAAACAUUUAGAUUUAAGUGGAAAUAAUUUUGGUUGCUUACCGGAAAGCAUUGCUCAACUAUCUAUUCUAAAAUCUUUGAGCGUAAAGAAUUGCACAAGCCUUCUAUCAUUGCCGAAACUUCCAUUAAAUAUUGAUUCUAUUUGGGGAUUUGGUUGUACCUCACUGGACACAGUACCAAAUCUAUUGAAACCAAAUUCUUUAUGUGAGGCAGAACUUUGGCUUUCAGGUUGCAGUAAACUGGUUGACAAUCAAGGCUUCAUUGACAUGUUUCUUGCAAUGAUAAAAAAGAACCUUCAGGGACACUCUAUUGCAUAUAGAUACGGAAUGGUUAUUCCUGGAAGUGAAAUUCCAGAGUGGUUUUGUCAUCAAAGUAUGGGGGCUGAAGUGAACAUAAAACAACCUUCUCAUUUAUGUUAUGAUGAGUGGGUGGGAAUUGCUUUUUGUGUUGUGAUUUGUUCUCAUAACCAAAUGGUUGAUCCUUUUCUAUUUGGUAGUCAAAUUUGCUUUGAAUUGAUAGCCAAUGGAGAACAUAUAUAUCCUCCAGUUGGCACAAGGGUGGCUAAGGUUUCAUCAGAUCAUCUUUGGUUACUCUAUUUGUUUCCUAAAUUUUUCGGAGAAGAAGAUUUGAUAAAAUUAUUGUGGGGAUGUGAUGAGAAUGGAUUCAUUAAGAUUGGCAUUCACUUUAGAGCUCGUGACUUUGAGAUGAAGAAAUGGGGGUUGCGUAUGGUAUACAAGAAAGACAUCGAAGAUCACAACCAAACAAUGGCUCAAAGUAGCAACAAUAACAUCAUUCCUUAUAAGGGCUUGGAUGUUUUCCGUCAUAAUUUUGUCAAUUUGGCAGUGGUAGCGAAAGGUAGCAAAGCCAAGCGAAGUCGUGAUGACUAUGAUGGGACUACACCUAGUGGAGAAGGAAGCUCUGAUGACAUACCACACCCAAAAAGAAUUGAAAGAGUCCCUGAAUUUAUGGCCCUUGGUAAUUCUGAUUGUGAGGAGUCAAGUGAGUACAUGGAAUGUUGUGAGGAAUUAAGUGAUUGCCAGGAAUCUAGUGAAAGUGACCGGGAAGCUUAAUGGAAUUUGAAAAAUGGGUUCAAAUUCUCUCAAUUAUACUCACGCAUUGUUAGAUGAAGAUGCAAGAGGCAGACAAAAUGAAUUUAUUAUUGUAAUUGAAGACAAGGUACGACAAUGUUAAUCAAGUCUCUAAUGGUCAGUGAAGUAUUCUCUAAGUACCCUUCUGAAAUGCAAUGAAAUGUUUCCUAAUAGGAGUAGUAACUUUCCCAUGCUUUGUGUGGGUUUGUGACUAGUGUUAAUUGGUGUGCAAUCAUCAACCAGAUAGGAAAAAUCAGUUUAUGCAGAAAAUUUAUGUGACUCAGCAGUAUGCCUACCUCCACGGGAGUGAGCGGCUGAAAAUCCACUAUAUGAGAAAAUAGGGUUAUAAUAGUGUUACAUAACGAAACCCUACCCAUUACAACAGUGUUUAAAGAUUUCUAGUUGCUACAUCAGUUUUUGCUUCAUUCCAUUCAUUACGCUCCGCUCCACUUCACUUGGCCCAUAAGGCCUUUUGGCCGAUGGCCUGAUAAAAAAUAUGAGCCAACUCCACAUUUGGUCCCAUGUAGCCACUAGCAAACUUUAAAGCUAAAAGCGUUUAGUCACAUGUAGCAACUAGCAUGGGGAUAUUUGAGAUGGACGGCAGCAGAGAGCAUUAUUGUUGUAAACUACUAAAUAUUAACUAGUCUUGUCACCUGGAUCUCAUAUUAUCUCUGCAUUCAAAUUCUAAAUGUCCCCCCUCCCUUUCCUCCGCUUUCACUAUCCCACCCUUCUAUCCCUUCACCUCAUCCUCUACCUAUCACGAAAACAAUGUUGUUACUGUUAGACUGUCAUAUCGGAUCAGUGAUUUACAAAAAGAGAGCUAUGUUAUGCAAAGAAUAAUAGAUAGUAUUGAUUAGUCAAUAUUACCAACUGUCCUUAACCAUCUGCUUCUAUUUUUCAAUGUUAGGAAAUCCUCAUCAUCCCAUGUGAUGCUUGUGCAGAAGCUUUUGUGAGACCUUAAUAAUAAUUGAAUCUCACUUAAAAGUGAUAUGCAUAUAUACCUUUUUCCUCUGCAUUUUUUUUGUUAGAUUUUUCUUUCUUUUCACUCUUCUUCUUUUCAUACAUUUAGGAGUUUAGUAGAAUAUAUAAUGUCAAGUUUGAAUGGAAAUGGGUGCUAUCACAUGAAUUGCCUCAUCAGCCAGUAAUAUUAAUUGCAUUGCUCUUUAAUUAUGCAUGUUAUAUAUUACCAUAUGACUUUUGUGCAUUUGACAAGCUCAAAGAACCUCUUUCCAA